GGUUGGAGCUGCAGAAGGAACAAAGUAUACAAAAGUGUGGUGCAGAAACUGGUUAAGUUUGGCUGGCUGAAACAGUUUGGGGGGAGGAUGGGCAGCAGGUGAGACUGGAGUUAAAAGCCAGGCCAGGUCAUAUGGCGUCAUUUAACAGCCUAAGCCUUAUGAGAUUAUAGAAAGCCACUAAGAUUUAAAACAGGUUGAUGACUCAAUUUUUUUGUUUUGAAAAACUUUCCCAUAAGAACAAGGUUGAUGACGAGAUCAGGAAACUAAUGCAGGAUACAGGCAAAAGCCAAUGGUGAUCUGAAUUGUACUGAAGAUGAAGAGUAGUGGACUGAUUCAGAAAUCAGAAAGACUUAGUGAAUGCCAAAAGAAAAGCCAAAGAUCAGCCCUGGGCUUCUGUCUCAACAACAGGGGUGGAUGGUGAAGCCUGUCAUCCUAGCUCUAGGGACAGCAUCACCUCUCAACACUGGGCCUGCCAGGCUUUGUGGGUCCAGCUCUAGUUAUCAUGCUCUUUGGUGACAUCAGCACAUGCAUGCAUGUAUCUUCACAAAGGCACAUGAUGUGAGGGCUGUCCUCACUGUCCAUUCUUCAUUGCUGCAUUAUUGACUUUGACUCUGCCUAUAAAAAGGCAACUAGGUUGUGUCUCUCAAAUUGUGGUGAUGUAUCUGUGGUGAUCUGGAAAACUGACAAGAUCGGGUCUGGUGACAUCUUUCAUAAACAUGGAACAGUUUUAUAGGGACUACAGUCACUCUCCUCUGAAAUGUUCAAGCAAGUUCUUUUAUUCACCAUCAAGUUACUCGUCAUUACAGAGACAGAACCUUAUCUGUUUCCUAAGAAACCCACAUUAUGGAAGCCUUAUUUAUGCAGAUGGUCGUGGUGAAGUGCGGACGGAUUGGAACAAUCUAUCCAAGUUUUUUCAGUAUGGGUGGAGAUGCACCACUAAUGAGAAUUCAUAUUCAAACUGUACACUGAUGGGCAACUGGAACCAGGAAAGAUACGACCUCAAAAAUAUUGUUAAACCUAAACCUUUACCUUCCCAGUAUGGACACUACUUUGAAACAACAUAUGCUACAAGCUAUAACAGCAAAAAGCCACUUUCAACUCAUAGAUUUAAGCAUGAGCCUCACUGGUUCCCCGGACAUCAGCCUGAGCUGGAGCCUCCUCAACACAAAUGCACAGAAAAGUCAACUUAUAUAAAUAGCUAUUCAAAGCCUCAAGCCAGGCAUCUUUCUGUGUGUAUCUGUGAUCCAAAUGUGGACCAAUUUCAGGGUCCAGGAAUCUAAGAGAGGAAAAGAAGCUUCAUUUUUCUGGAACAGAAUGCACAAAGCACAUUCUAAGCAGAACUCAAACUUAGCUCACUGAGGCAUGAUUUCUUUCUAAAUAAAUAAAGCAGAAGACACAUACA